AAAUAUCGCCAUGGUAGUAUCUCCUACAGCUGGUCGAGCUAUCCUCCGCAAGCCAAAGAAGAUCAUCUGUGCUCUUGAUGUACAGGCACCUGGCAGUGACUCUGGUUGGGUCAAUGGAACUUUAAAAACGCCAUCCAAUGUCACCAGAAUUUCGAGAGCGAUCAAGCCCGAGGACAGCGAGCACCACGCUCAAAUUGUCUACUAUCAGGCAGGGAUCGGCACAGGACUCGGACUCCGUGACCGAUUACUUGGAGGUGGAACCGGGUUGGGGCUGUCCGAGCACAUUCGAGAGGCUUACUAUUUCCUUGCGAACAACUACUCGCCUGGUGAUUCGAUAUUCCUGAUUGGAUUCUCCCGUGGCAGCUUCACGGCAAGAAGUCUAGGCGGACUGAUCGGAAACCUUGGUUUACUGAACAAGGAAGGUCUGCCCUUCUUUUACGAAAUCUUUCUCGAUUGGGAGAACGCAGGCAAUCCGGACUCAAAAGGAUCUUCAUUCUGGGAACACUACCGGGACCCCUUCAAUCCAGCCAGAAAGAGCAUGCCUCAAACUCCGUCUAAUGACCCAGCAAGGGUUUACGACUACCUGAACGAGUAUCGUGCCAUGCUUCGAAGUUUUGGACUAACACAUGUCGUUCCAAUUCGGGAGAACGAGCAACGCGACGUGCCAAUCAGAGCCAUUGGUGUUUGGGACACAGUUGGUAAGACGCCCUUUUAUAUGCUGCGACUGGAGGUUCUGACCCUAGUAGGUGCCCUCGGUAUACCGAUUAAUCCUUGGUUCCAAAAACAUUUGGGGCUACCUGGGUUCUUGCACGAAUACAAAUGGCUUGAUACAAGGCUCUCCGACAAUGUGGAAAAUGCGUUUCAGGCUUUGGCAUUAGACGAGCAUCGAGCGCCUUUUUCACCCGCCGUUUGGGAGAAGCCUGAGGNNUACUUAAAACAAACCUGGUUCCCGGGAGCACACUCGAACGUUGGUGGUUCGUACGAUGACACAGCUACAGCAGAUAUAUCGCUAGCAUGGAUGAUGGAUCAGCUUUCUGGAGAAACACAGGGUUCUACCGAUACGCCGCUGGACAAGAAAGAUUGGAUCGAAUUUUACGACGACUACCUGGACACGCAACAAGCGCUGAACAAGGUCUGGUAUGAGAACAACCCUCCUGUACGAGGCUGGUCCUUGGGCACGAUUUACAACUCCUUCACCUUCCCACAGAGCCUAGCAGGGCGACUGGUCCGGACACCUGGUCGGUACAGAGUCAAGAAUCCUUUGACGGGCAUGCGAAAGCAUGGUGGGGUGCUUAUGAGGGACACGCACGAAUUUAUCCAUGCUUCGGUCAGAGCGCGCAUGGAUCUUGGAGGGUCCGCUUCAGAACCAAAGCCUAGCAGGUCAAAUCUUAUGCGAUGGCUACGAUCACUGCUCGGCCGAGAUGGUAAAGUCUUGUACAAACCCGAAGCGCUACGUUGGUGGAAGCUUCAUGACGGGCACAAGCAUCAUAACGAGUUCUCGAUCAAUUCUAAGCUUACAACAGGAGAGGUGGGAAAAUCGAUACGAGCUCCAUGGUGGGAGUGGACAGGCAAGGAUAAACUCGUGCCACGAGGGCGGGUGUUGAACGAAGAUAUACUGGGAAGGUUCGAACUACAACUGCUUGGACACUACGAAGAGGUGGCAGAUGAGAUCGAGGCCAGUAACAAAGGAUUGGCAAGUGUUGAAGAACUGAAGAGAGUAAGAGAGCGGGUGACUCGCAGAUCGGUGACGGUG